GUCGAUUCUGACCGAUCACAAAAUUUGUUCAUGUUCUUGCCUUGUUCCUCGAAGUUGCAAAUCCUUAUUUUUACAAAUUUGAACUUCAUUCUGAAUCCCUGACGCAAAUUGAAAGUCCUAAUGCAUGCAGCAUUUAUGUUUGGCUCCAAGGCAAGUUGAACAGACCUGGAAAUGCAACAGGUUACGUGUAACCACAGCCGAAUGCUACAUGCGAAGUGGUUAGAUUGUCUCAAGAACAUCCAGGUUGGUUUGAAUAUGGCACCAACUGUGAAGGAUCUAGUGUGGUACGUUUCGCAUCGGGUUUCACUGAGCGGCAGAAGAGAGCGAGCAAGUGUGCAUCACUUGGUGACUGAUCCCUGGACAGAGGACUUGCGACAUAGGAGGAAGGUGAAGCGUCGAGGUAUGUACGUUAAUAAAAACGUCAACUGCAGCAUGCAAUGCGGAUCUCUAGGAGCGUGGUGCGUCAAGUUUUCAUCAGUCACCUUGGGCCCUUACUAUAUUUUCGUAUUUGCUCGUCAAGUCCCCAGGGGAAGGCAGCGAGGCAGAGAUGCUGCUGAAGUUUAUUUCAAAACAAUGUGGGCAUCAAUUUGCCAUCGACUACAUAAUCGUCAGAAGGAAAGUCGGGCUUCCUGCGAUGCGUCCGACUUUGGUUUCUUCCAGUGCUCUAUUUGCAUGAUGCAUCAAUUUAUUUUCGUGGUACACCCGCUGAAAAGGGAUGACCACCAUCUACCCCACAGCUGAACUGCAUUCAUCACUUGUCUGUGCACACCCUGUGCAUUCUCUACGUUCUCUGAUCUUGGUCAUCAGUCGGAGUUCUGGGGCGUCGAUGUAGUCUCGAGCGUCAUUAUAGUAGCUGGUUCAUGCGAAAUAUAGACGACGCCCCAAUCCACAGGCUACCGUAUGAAAGCGUGAAUCAAUGGAAGAACUUCCAAUUGGCAUCAACUACAUGAUGAAUCCAGUGGUAUGGUGUUGAU